AAGAGCCGGCAGCCAGUGGGAUCCAUUAGUCACACGCCAUCAAAUCACCAACCCACCAAAAGGUAUAGCCAUCGUACUAUAGAAGAACAAGCACUGAAUGAGAAAAAAGAACAGAAAAGAGAAUGGGGAGCUCUGCAGUUGCUAUGGGGGACGUUUCUUCCGUUGACAUAAUGAGCGAACUCCUACGCCGCUUCAAGUGCUCCUCCAAACCCGAUAAGCGUCUCAUUCUCAUCGGCCCACCUGGUUCUGGAAAAGGUACACAGUCUCCCAUUAUCAAGGAAGAGUAUUGCUUGUGCCAUUUAGCCACUGGUGACAUGCUGAGAGCUGCUGUUGCUGCUAAAACUCCUCUUGGCAUUAAGGCCAAAGAAGCCAUGGAUAUGGGAGAACUUGUAUCUGAUGACUUGGUUGUUGGUAUAAUUGAUGAAGCCAUGAAGAAACUGUCAUGUCAAAAAGGUUUUAUCCUGGAUGGUUUUCCAAGGACCGUUGUCCAAGCUCAAAAGCUAGAUGAGAUGCUUGAAAAGCAAGGAGCCAAAAUCGACAAGGUUCUUGAUUUUGCAAUUGAUGAUUCCAUAUUGGAGGAGAGGAUCACCAGUCGAUGGAUACACCCUUCUAGUGGUCGUUCUUAUCACAUAAAAUUCGCACCUCCAAAAGUUGCUGUUGUUGACGAUGUCACAGGAGAGCCUCUAAUUCAGCGAAAAGAUGAUACCGCAGAAGUUCUCAAGUCCAGACUGGAAGCAUUUCACAGACAAACAGAACCGGUCAUCAGUUACUAUGCCAAGAAAGGUGUACUUGCCCAAUUGCACGCAGAGAAACCUCCAAAAGAGGUCACUACUGAAGUUCUGAAAGUCAUCUCAUGAGGGGAAUGCGUUAUUCUUGGAAUGGAUUCUAUUACUGCCACUUGUUUUGCCAUAACUUCAUUUUUUUCAUGCAAGACAUUGAGCUCUAGUUGGUUUUCCAACUUCCAUAGUUAUUUUUACUAUGUAUCAGAAUAA